GUGCCCAGAUCAAAUUAUGUCAUAAAUAGCAAAAUAAAAAAUACCCAAAAUACAAAAAAAUAAACAAAAAAACUUUCCUUAUUUUAUACAAAAAUCCAAACUGCUGUUGUUAAGCAUGGAGCUGUCAAGCAUCCCAUUUUCAAAUGCUUUCAAGUCAUAUCCUAAAGCAUUCUCCCAAUUUUGGAUCUUUCCUCUCCUCAAACCCCUUUAAAUCUCCCCUCUCCCUCCUUUCAUUCCCUUCAUUCCUCUAAUCCUUCAAUCCAACCCCCCCCCCCCACCCUACCCCUCUUGAGCUCUGCAAAAAAUGGAAGUAGUGGAGAGCCAACCCCCGUCAUGGAAGGCCUAUGUGGAUUGGAGAAAUCGGCCCGCCCUUCGAGGCAAACAUGGCGGCAUGUUCGCCGCCUCCUUCGUUCUGGGCGUGGAGGUACUGGAGAAUUUGGCGUUUUUGGCGAAUGCGAGCAAUCUGGUUAGGUACUUAACGGCGUACAUGCAUUUCCCGUUAGCGAAAUCGGCUAACGCCGUCACGAACUUCAUGGGAACCGCCUUCUUCCUCGCGCUUCUCGGUGGCUUUUUAUCCGACGCUUUCUUCACUACUUAUCACAUCUACCUCAUAAGUGCCCUCGUUGAAUUCCUGGGUUUGGUUCUGCUGACGGUCCAAGCGCGGUCGGAUUCCCUAAAGCCGCCGAAGUGCAAUCCGGCGGCGCCCUCCGGCGGCCCAUGCUCGCAAGUCCACGGCUCGCAAGCGGCGAUGCUGUUCGCCGGGCUGUACCUGGUGGCGCUGGGCGUGGGCGGCAUUAAGGGCUCCCUGCCACCGCACGGGGCGGAGCAGCUCGACGAAGACACCGCUCAGGGGAGAAAGCAGCGCUCCACUUUCUUCAACUACUUCGUCUUCUGCCUCUCCUGUGGGGCCCUCAUCGCCGUCACGCUCGUGGUUUGGGUCGAGGAUCAUAAAGGUUGGCAAUGGGGGUUUGGGAUCUCCAUGAUGGCUAUUCUUCUCUCCAUUCCUAUCUUCCUUUCUGGGUCCAAGUUUUACAGGAACAAGAUUCCCCUUGGAAGUCCUUUCACAACCAUAUGCAAGGUUAUUGUUGGUGCACUAAUAAACUCCUUGGUGCCAAGAAACUCAAGCAACGCAAUCGCCAACAUGGUUACAAGCCCAUCUCUGCCCAUUCCCACCGCCGCCGCCGCCGCCAAAGACGUCGAACCGCCGCAAGAGCCGUCGGAAAGUUUGAAAUUCCUCAACAACGCCGUGCUAAACAAGCCGGCCUGUAAUAAGCUCGAAUGCACAGUAGAGCAAGUCGAAGACGUGAAAAUCGUGAUCAAAAUCCUCCCAAUCUUCGCCUGCACGAUCAUGCUGAAUUGCUGCUUAGCGCAGCUCUCCACGUUCUCCGUUCAACAGGCGGCCACCAUGGACACGAAGAUCGGGUCUCUCAAAGUCCCGCCGGCGUCCCUCCCGGUUUUCCCGGUUGUUUUCAUGAUGCUCCUCGCGCCGACCUACGACCACUUCAUAAUCCCCUUCAUGCGGCGCGUGACGCGCACGGAGAUGGGGAUCUCCCACCUCCAGCGCAUCGGCGCGGGGCUCGUCCUCUCAAUCGCCGCCAUGGCCGUCGCCGCCGUCGUGGAAGUCAAGCGCCGCCGCGUCGCGAUCGGGUCGGGUCGAUCCGAUUCGCCCGACCCGCUGCCGAUUUCGUUCCUGUGGAUCGCUUUCCAGUAUCUCUUCCUCGGAUCGGCGGAUCUGUUCACGCUCGCCGGAUUAAUGGAGUUCUUCUUCUCCGAGGCGCCGGCGAGCAUGAGAUCGCUGGCGACGUCGCUGUCGUGGGCGUCGCUGGCGAUGGGGUACUAUCUAAGCUCGGUGAUUGUGUCGGUGGUGAAUAGAGUGACCGGAAAUUCGACGCACCGGGCGUGGCUUUCCGGCGAGAAUUUGAAUCAUUAUCGCCUGGAGAGAUUUUACUGGCUGAUGUGCGUUCUGAGCGUUCUGAAUUUUAUGCAUUAUAUGUUCUGGGCUUUGCGGUACAAGUACAGAUCUCGCAAGUAAUUAAUUAAAGAGAUUUAUAUGUAUAUUUUAUGAGUUAAUGGCAGUAGUGGAAAUGUAAUCAUGAAACUGCUGCGCAAUGCAUUUAUACAUAACCAAUUUUCAAAUGGUAAUCUUUCUUUAUAAAGUUAGAUUUAUUAA